CGGACCGUUUAUGAGGUUGCGCGUCUGGCGGCGCGUUCCGUGCCUGUUAGCAUUUAGCUCGUUGUUAGCAUUGUCUGAGCCUGCUCAGAGGAGAGAGUAACUUCAGGUGCACGAUGGUUCGCUGAAAAUUGACUCUCUUCAAAGCAAACAUGGCUCUAUCGAUGGAAACUCAGCUACAGAGCAUCUUUGAGGAUGUUGUGAAAACUGAGAUGAUAGAAGAGGCCUUCGCCGGGAUGUUUAUGGACACUCCAGAAGACGAGAGGACCAAACUGAUCAGCUGUCUGGGGGCCUUCAGGCACUACUGGGGGACUCUGCCGCAGGAGUCCCAUGAACAGUGUGUGCAGUGGAUCGUGCGGUUCAUACACAGCCAGCACAGUCCCAAAAGGAUCUCCUUCCUCCAUGACUGUCUGGCAAUGGCAGUGGAGACCAGUCUCUUACCGCCCAGGAUGGUGUGUGUAGCUCUGAUCAGCUCGGACAGUUUGGAAUGGGAGAGGACUCAGUUGUGGGCCUUAACUUUUAAACUGAUUCGCAAGAUCAUUGGAGGGAUGGACUACAAGGGUGUUCGAGACCUGUUGAAAGCUGUUCUCGAGAAAAUCCAAUCCAUCCCGACCACUGUCAGCUCAGCUAUAGUUCAACAGCUUCUGGCCGCCCGAGAGGUAGUUGAGUAUAUCCUGGACAGAAAUGCCUGCCUCCUGCCAGCCUACUUUGCGAUUGCAGAAAUCAGAAAAAUGUAUCCAGAAGGACAGCUUUCACACUGGCUUCUAGGCAGCUUGAUAUCUGACUUUGUGGACAGUUUCAGACCCACAGCCAGAAUCAACUCCAUCUGUGGUCGGUGCAGCUUGUUACCGGUGGUGAAUAACAGCGGGGCAAUCUGUAACUCUUGGAAAUUAGACCCCACUAAUCUCCACUUCCCUCUGAGAGGCAUGCUGCCAUUCGACAAGGACCUGUUUGAGCCGCAGACGGGCUUGCUGCGUUACGUGUUAGAACAGCCAUAUUCGAGGGAAAUGGUGUGCAACAUGUUGGGGCUCAACAAGCAGACUCUGAACAUUGCCCAGCACAAGCAGCGUUGCCCGGUGCUGGAGGAGCAGCUGGUGGACCUGGUGGUGUACGCCAUGGAGCGCUCCGAGACCGAGGAGCACUUCGACGCCGACAUUGGGGGAACCAGCCAGCUGCUGUGGCAGCACCUCUCCUCCCAGCUCAUCUUCUUUGUGCUGUUUCAAUUCGCCAGCUUCCCCCACAUGGUGCUGUCGUUGCACCAGAAGCUCGCAGGCAGGGGUCUGAUAAAAGGGCGGGACCACCUGAUGUGGGUCUUGCUGCAGUUCAUAUCGGGAAGCAUUCAGAAGAACGCCCUGGCGGACUUCCUGCCCGUCAUGAAGCUUUUUGACCUGCUUUACCCAGAAAAAGAGUGUAUUCCAGUUCCAGACAUCAACAAGCCGCAGUCCACUCACUCCUUCGCCAUGACCUGCAUCUGGAUCCACCUGAACCGCAAGGCUCAGAACGACAACUCCAAACUACAGAUACCCAUUCCGCACUCGCUGAAGCUCCACCACGAGUUCCUCCAGCAGUCGCUGCGUAACAAGACCCUGGGCAUGUCCGACUACAAGAUCGCCCUGCUGUGCAACGCCUACAGCACCAACUCGGAGUGCUUCACCCUGCCGAUGGGCGUCCUGGUGGAGACCAUCUACGGGAACGGAGCCAUGAGGAUCAACCUGCCCGGCACCAACUGCAUGGCGUCGGGCUCGGUCACGCCGCUGCCCAUGAACCUGCUGGACUCGCUCACAGUGCACGCCAAGAUGAGUCUGAUCCACAGUAUUGCCACCCGGGUAAUAAAGUUGGCCCAGGCCAAAUCCAGCAUCACCCUGGCGCCUGCGCUGGUGGAAACGUACAGCCGACUGUUGGUCUACAUGGAGAUCGAGUCCCUGGGCAUCAAAGGGUUCAUCAGUCAGUUGCUGCCCAACGUGUUCAAGUCUCACGCGUGGGGAAUCCUGCACACGCUGCUGGAGAUGUUCAGCUACCGGAUGCACCACAUCCAGCCGCACUACCGGGUCCAGCUCUUGAGUCACCUGCACAGCCUGGCUGCUGUGCCUCAGACCAACCAGAACCAGCUGCAUCUAUGUGUGGAGAGCACGGCUCUGCGGCUGAUCACCGCGUUGGGAAGCUCAGAGGUGCAGCCGCAGUUCACGCGCUUCCUCAGCGACCCGAAGACGGUUCUGUCCGCCGAGUCCGAAGAGCUGAACCGGGCCCUGAUCCUCACUCUGGCCAGAGCCACACACGUCACAGACUUUUUCACGGGGUCCGACUCCAUCCACGGGACGUGGUGCAAAGACAUCCUCCAGACCAUCAUGAACUUCACGCCUCAUAACUGGGCCUCGCACACGCUCUCCUGCUUCCCUGCUCCUCUACAGGCGUUCUUCAAACAGAACAACGUUCCGCAGGAGUCUCGAUUCAACCUGAAGAAGAACGUGGAAGAGGAGUACAGAAAGUGGAAGUCCAUGGCCAACGAGAACGACAUCAUCACCCACUUCUCCAUGCAGGGCUCGCCCCCCCUCUUCCUCUGCCUGCUGUGGAAGAUGCUGCUGGAGACGGACCACAUCAACCAGAUAGGCUUCAGGGUCCUGGAGCGCAUCGGGGCUCGUGCGCUGGUGGCUCACGUUCGAACGUUCGCGGACUUUCUCGUCUACGAGUUCUCGACGUCGGCCGGCGGCCAGCAGCUCAACAAGUGCAUUGAAAUACUCAACGACAUGGUCUGGAAAUACAACAUAGUCACCCUGGACCGACUCAUCCUGUGUCUGGCGAUGCGUAGCCACGAGGGCAACGAGGCGCAGGUGUGCUACUUCAUAAUCCAGCUGCUGCUGCUGAAGCCCAACGACUUCAGGAACCGGGUCAACGACUUCGUCAAGGAGAACGCUCCCGAGCACUGGCUGCAGAGCGACUGGCACAACAAGCACAUGAGCUACCACAAGAAGUACCCGGAGAAGCUGUACUUUGAGGGACUCGCCGACCAGGUCAACCCUCCCAUGCAGCUGCAGCCUCAGUACCUGCCCAUCUACUUUGGCAACGUGUGCCUGCGCUUCCUGCCCGUCUUCGACAUCGUCAUCCACCGCUUCCUGGAGCUGCUUCCCGUCUCCAAGUCUCUAGAGACGCUGCUGGACCACCUGGGAGGGCUGUACAAGUUCCACGACCGCCCGGUCACCUACUUGUACAACACACUUCACUACUACGAGCGGCACCUGAGAGACAGAACCAACCUGAAGAGAAAACUGGUGCACGCCAUCAUGUCUUCCCUGAAGGACAACCGCACUCCAGGGUGGUGCCUGAGUGAAACCUACCUGAAGUUUGGCAUGAACGCCAGAGAGGACAACGUGUGGCUUCCCGAUGACACCUACUACUGCAAGCUGAUAGGCCGGCUGGUGGACACCAUGGCCGGCAAGUCCCCGGGUCCCUUCCCCAACUGCGACUGGAGGUUCAACGAGUUCCCCAACCCGGCGGCCCACGCGCUGCACGUCACCUGCGUGGAGCUGAUGGCGUUGGCCGUGUCGGGGAAAGACGUCGGCAACGCUCUGCUCAAUGUCGCCCUGAAGAGCCAACCCCUGGUUCCCAGGGAGAGCAUCACGGCGUGGAUGAACGCCAUCGGGCUCGUGAUCACCGCGCUUCCUGAGCCCUACUGGAUCGUUCUCCACGACCGCAUCGUGUCCGUGAUCGGCUCCCCGGUGCUGACGUCGGAGACGGAGUGGGCGGGCUAUCCCUUCGCCCUGCUGGACUUCACGGCGUGCCACCAGAGCUACAGCGAGAUGAACUGCAGCUACGUGCUGGCGUUGGCGCACGCCGUGUGGCAUCACUCGUCCAUCGGGCAGCUGUCCCUGAUCCCCAAGUUCCUGUCGGAGACUCUGAAGCCCAUCGUGCAGACGGAGUUCCAGUUGCUGUACGUGUAUCACCUGGUGGGGCCGUUCCUGCAGCGCUUCCAGCAGGAGAGGACGCGGUGCAUGUUGGAGAUCGGCGUGGCGUUCUACGAGAUGCUGCAGGCGGUGGACCAGCACUGCCACCACCUCAGCUACAUGGACCCGAUCUGUGACUUCCUGUACCACAUCAAGUACAUGUACACCGGGGACAGCGUGAAGGAGCAGGUAGAGAAAAUAAUCAUGACUCUGCGUCCGGCCAUGAAGCUGCGGCUGCGCUUCAUCACACACAGCAGCCUGAUAGAGACUUCGUCAUCGGCCGCCUCCUCCUCAGCCGCCGCCGCCGCCGCUCAGGCCCCCGCCUCCUCGCUCUCGUCGGUGUCGUCCGCCGCCGCCGUCGCCUCGCCCUCCUCCGCGCAGCGCGCUCACACGCCUAUGUAGGUCGACUCAAGGUCGCAAUCAUGAUGGAGAAACUUUUCGAGCCUCACACGCGGUCACUUUGUUUCAGAGGUGAUUUCCUUGAGUUGGGAGUUUUGUCAAAGUAAGAAUUGAAAAUGUUUAAAUUAAAGUACAUUAUUAAAUUGACAAAAUCUCAACUCCUUUGCCAGAAUUCCUUGAUUUAUUUAAAGUAUCUCUGAAGUGAAGGAUCUGUGGCUGCUCUCCAGGAGGCUCACAAGUAACAAACAUUUCCUGUUAAUAUCAUGGCAUCUUUUUAUUUCUCUGUUUGUAGUCAACUUUUAUAUUGUACAUUAUUGCUAGUUAAUUAAAGAUUUUGGUAAUCAGA